CGCGGGAACAACCGGAGCAAGGUUAUUAGUCGGCAACGCCGGCCCCUAGCCUGACAAAGACCCUCCACUAACGUGGGGGACGUCUUGACACCGGCUAUUGCUCACUGCUGGAGCUGACAUAAUUAACACUGUGUGCGUCAGCGGUGCACAGCAUGAGGGGGUGGUGUGACACAAACAGGGUGAGUUGCUCUUAUGACCGUCUCAUAUCCGCUAUGUGUCUUCCUUGAGAGUCGUGAUCGAGGGAAAUUACCUGCUGGUCACCCCUUCUGUCACCUUGUGAGGGAGACUGUUCACAGUGCUAUCCUUGACCUUCCUAUCUUGCAUCACAUGGCGAGGAACACUCUUGAAAACCCCGACGAAGUUGCAGUGAAGCAAAGGGCUCAGGAGAUCAUCCAACAUCUACAAAACACCCCUCCCACAUUUUCUGGCAGCGACUCCCCUGUGAUGCACUCAACAUUCAUUGAUGUGCGUCCGAAGGACACUAGGAAACAUAUUUACGUUCAGAAGCGCUUGGUCGACAAUUGGAUGAAAGAGUUUACUAAAAAUACGACAUCAUCUUAUCUUCUCACUAUCUUCAUGCGGCUUUGCUUGAUACGUGGACUCAUCGCUGUGAUCAAACUUGCAUUCGCUUCAGAGGAGAUCAAGGUGAAGCCUGAUGCUCGUGGCUCUCCAUGUUCAUUGGAAAAUUUCCUUUCGCAAUGGAAUGGUUGGCUUGAGUUUGAGCGUGGUACCUUGGUUCGCCGCAAGACACUGCCAUAUCGCAAAUUGUGCGCUAUAGUGUUUUCAGAUAGAGCCACCACUUUUUCUUAUGUCCGCAUAGGGACCAGUAGGUAUGGCCAUACUGAAGAUCUUGAACGAUUGGCUUCUGGAGAUUGGACAGUAUUGAAUACAAACCCGUGUCAAAUCCCCUACGAUGUGUUCCUGCCGCACUGCCUACGAAUGUGGGAUUCCGCAAUAGAUCCCAAACCUCGAAAGAUGAUAGAGUCGGAAGUCAAAUAAAGGCAGAAUAAUGUAGAUGGCACAUGCCACUGCAGGGCGAAACAAACAAGUGAAAGAGCAGCGUUUCGAGGCUCUCAUUGUAUGUCCUGUUGUAUUCAUAUCUCCUCAGUGUAUAUUACGUGUUGUUUCAUGAACUCACCAACAUGAAUGCAUGAUUGUUUGGC